UUCUUUCUCUCUUCCUCCUCACCCUCGACUCGUCGCAAUCAACUCUUUUCCAUCGCCCUUCUCUUGAUAGUGACAUUGAACGAAAACGACAACAAGAUGGCUACUGUUAGAGAUUUCCCGACCAUCAAGGCCAUAAGGUCAUUCAUCAUUGGCGGUGUUGGAUCAGGCGGUGAUUAUCACAACGUCAAGGGUGGCCACUGGCUCAUUGACAGCGACAUUUCAACACCUUGCUCGAGAUGGGAGCAGUACAAGAAGUCUCGAACCAGCUGGGGCAUCAACGUGCUGGGCUCGUUCCUGGUCGAGAUUGAGGCUACGGAUGGCACUGUUGGCUUUGCAACUGGCUUUGGAGGCCCCCCUGCUUGCUGGCUCGUCCACCAGCACUUCGAGCGUUUCCUCAUCGGUGCCGACCCCCGCAACACAAACCUUCUCUUCGAGCAGAUGUACCGUGCAUCCAUGUUCUAUGGCCGCAAGGGUCUGCCAAUCGCUGUCAUUUCCGUCAUCGACCUUGCCCUCUGGGAUCUUCUGGGCAAGCUGCGCAACGAGCCCGUCUACCGUCUCAUUGGUGGAGCUACAAAGGAGCGCCUCGACUUCUACUGCACCGGCCCCGAGCCCACAGCCGCCAAGGCCAUGGGAUUCUGGGGAGCCAAGGUCCCCCUGCCCUUCUGCCCCGAUGAUGGUCACGAGGGUCUUCGCAAGAACGUCGAGUUCCUCCGCAAGCACCGUGAGGCCGUCGGUCCCGACUUCCCCAUCAUGGUCGACUGCUACAUGAGUCUCAACGUCUCUUACACAAUCGAGAUCGUCAAGGCGACUCUGGAUCUCAACAUCAACUGGUGGGAGGAGUGCCUGUCUCCCGAUGACACUGACGGCUUCGCUCUGAUCAAGCGAGCUCACCCCCAGGUCAAGUUCACCACUGGUGAGCAUGAGUAUUCGCGAUUUGGUUUCCGCAAGCUCAUCGAGGACCGAAACCUCGACAUCAUCCAGCCCGAUGUCAUGUGGCUUGGUGGUCUGACUGAACUCCUCAAGGUCGCUGCCCAUGCUGCGGCCUAUGACAUUCCCAUCGUCCCUCACGCCAGUGGCCCUUACAGCUACCACUUCCAGAUCUCUCAGCCCAACACCCCCUUCCAGGAGUACCUUGCCAACUCGCCCGAUGGCAAGAGCGUGCUGCCCGUGUUUGGUGAUCUCUUCAUCGAUGAGCCCAUCCCCACCAAGGGCUUCCUGACAACGGCGGACCUGGACAAGCCCGGUUUCGGUCUGACCCUCAACCCGGCUGCCCGAUCCAAGUUGAUCCCCAGCGACUACCUUCUCAAGAUGCCCGCGGUCCCUACCCUGGCGCCCCCCAGCCCUCCCAACGAGAAGGAGGAGGAGAAGCCAGAAACUAAGGAAGAGUCCAAGCCCAACGGUGUUGUUGAGCAGCUUGCGGCCAAGGUCGAGGGCCUCACCACCUCAACGGCCGCUUAA